AUAAGUCUAUUUUUAUGCUUUUAUAAAAAAUUAUGUUUCUAGAUGUGGCAGUGAAUCAACCUAUUGCAAAUAACUUAAUUAAUACAAGUGAGGUAUUAACAAUUUAUGUGUCUGAAUUUAAUGAAGACAAUAGAGUAGAACUAAAUCUAAAUGAAAUGAAUGUAUUUCAUUAUGAGAAUGAUAAUAAUGAGAAUGAUUUACUUGUGCUCAAUCCUUCCGACAAUAUUUUAAGCAUUGAUGAAAAAGUACAAACAAAUACUGAAACAUGCUCUGAUGUAACAGAAAUUAAUAAUAUUGAAUCUUCAAAAACAUUAUCUGCUGACGUAGGGGCUAAGUGCCAAAUUAAUUCUGUGCAAUUAUGUUCUGAUGUUUUGAAAGAAACUACAAAUAAAAUAGUUUUUAAUCUAAUUAUAAAAGAAAAAAAUAUUGAAUAUGAAGCACUAUAGAAAUUUACAUUUUCCUAGUCAAGAAAAUGUAGGAAAAAAACGAAAAGCGAUACAAAACAAAUAAGAAAAUAUUUUUGCUA